CUAAAGCAGUGCAUCAAGUAGGGAAUAGGCUGUCUUUUGGGACGUUGCCCCGACAACUGGUUGUAAAGUGGGAGGGACUCCAGGGACCCGUUACUUCACGCGUUUUAAUUGAGCCGUGAGAAGUGAGAAACAACUGUACCUGCGAGCCGAGUGUCUCAUUUAUAUUCUCUCAUCCUGGUCUCCACCUCAACUCGCCAUUAUUUUAACAGUAUAGUCUUCAUAAUAACACUAUUUGCCAGCCGAGCCAUGUCGAAGACCGCUGACCACCGAACACACCUCGUUCUUGAGAACUACAUCGGAGGAAAGUUCGUCCCGUGCUCCCGACACAUCGACUCCUACGACCCUUCCACCGGGGAGGUCUACUGCAAAGUGCCCGACAGCGGAACGGAUGAGGUGGAGGCUGCGGUGCAGGCCGCUAGAGGGGCAUUCCCUGAUUGGUCAGCCCGUAGCCCAGCUGAGAGAGGUCAGGUGAUGAAUAAACUGGCUGACCUGAUGGAAGCUCAGCUGGAAGAGUUGGCCCAGGCAGAGUCACGAGACCAAGGUAAAACCGUAAUGUUUGCCCGUACGGUGGAUGUCCCAGGCUCAGCGGUCGAUACUAGGUUCUUUGCCUCUUCUGUUCUCCACCACACCCACUGUACUACCAUGGACCAUCUGGGCUGUGUCAGACACACUGUCCGUAGUCCUGUGGGAUGGGUGACUGGUUUGAUCAGUCCCUGGAACCUGCCUCUAUACCUGCUCACCUGGAAGAUCGCUCCGGCUGUUGCUACGGGCAACACGGUGGUUGCUAAGCCUAGCGAGAUGACCUCCGUAACCGCCUGGAUGAUGUGCAAACUACUGGAGGAGGCCGGGUUUCCGCCGGGUGUGGUCAACAUGGUGUUCGGCACCGGCCCGCGGGCGGGCGACGCUCUCGUGGGCCACCCUGACGUCCCAUUGGUCAGUUUCACGGGCUCCACGGCGACGGCCCAGCGGAUCACAGAGCGCUCGGCUCCGUUCUGUAAGAAGCUGAGCCUGGAGCUGGGCGGGAAGAACCCCGCCAUCAUCUUCUCAGACGCUGACCUAGACCAAGCUGUCACCACCACCGUACGAUCCUCCUUCUCCAAUCAGGGUGAGAUCUGUCUGUGCACCAGUAGGAUCUACGUAGAGAGGAGUAUUUACCCAGAGUUCCUGAAGAGGUUUGUGGCGGCCGCGCGGGAAUGGAAGACUGGUGCGCCCUCCGACCCCGACAACAAUAACGGAGCUCUGGUCAGCAGGGAACACCUGGAGAAGGUGCGUAGCUUCGUGACCCUGGCUCGGUCGGAGGGCGCCACGGUGCUGUGUGGGGAGGGCGAGGACCCGCUGGUGCUCCCCCAACGUAACACCAGCGGCUACUUCAUGCGUCCCACCGUCAUCGCCGGCGUAGCUGAGUCGUCCCGUGUGAUGCAAGAUGAGAUCUUCGGCCCCGUCGUCUGCGUCAACCCCUUCGACGGCGAAGACGAUGCUGUCGCUAAGGGCAACGGGGUACGCUAUGGCCUGGCGGCGACUGUGUGGACGCGUGAUGUCGGGCGAGUGCACCGGGUGGCGAGGAGGUUAGAGGCGGGGCUUGUCUGGACCAACUGUUGGCUGGUCAGAGACCUGAACCUACCGUUCGGAGGCAUGAAGAACUCAGGGGUGGGGAGGGAAGGAGGGAGGGAUAGUUAUCACUUCUUCACGGAGGUCAAGACCAUCACUGUUAAACACUGAGAGGAUGGAGGGAAAACAUGUUUCUGUUGGUGUGUGUGUGGUCUUGUUGUUCUUUCCUCAUGAUACCAAAAUUAACAUUUGCCACGUCCCCACGAGGACAAUGGCUAUGUUACGCUUAGGGGGUAGGUUUAGAGUUACAAUUAGGGUUAGGCAUUAGAGUUAGGGGCUAGGAGUUAGGGUUAGAGGUUAGAAGUUAGG